CACAAGCGUUUAAAGUUUUUUCAUUACUUUUUUUGACAAUCUAUUCAUGGCGGAUAGGUUAUGUUAUCGUUUCUAAAAUUCUACGUUUUCGGUCACGAACAACAAAUAUAUUUGAUUUCUCUGUUAAUGAUUUAUAACAGUUUUGUUCUUUAAUUUAAUAUUGAAGCUGAGUAAAUCUGCAAAAAGUUAAGUUUUAUUAUUGUCAGAUAGUUUACAUUUACAGUGAACGCCGUUUAUUUUGGGAAUAUACAAUAUUAUAAAAUGAGUUUAGCUAAAGUUCCUAAUAGUAUCAAAACGAAAUAUGAAGCUUUAGAUAUUUUCUUAUUUUGCAAUGGACAGCAUACGACUCCACCUAGAAAAUAUCAUUUGAAAUCCGAGGAACUCGAGAAAUGGGACGACACCUUGAUGAGAAUUGCACAGUCACAAUAUGGAAAUAAGCAAUCUAUCGUUGACUUGUAUACAAUGGUCGGCGAAAAGCUGACAUCUCCAAUUGAAAUAGCUAAUAAUAAUGUGUAUGUAGCUGUACCACAUACAGAAAAGUUUAUUCCCGUUGGGUACAACGAGUACUUACUGAAAGCGUCAAGAUCUCGUGAAAAACGUCAAGGCAAAAUACGUAUAUCAAAAGACGUGCUACCCGAGACAGGUAUGAAGUAUUUUUAAAAACUAAUCUAAGAUAUUCUGAAACAAAAUAUUUUGUAUUUCAGUAGAACAACAAUGUAAUAGAAUGAGUAUUUGUGAAGAUUCCGAAAAUAAAACAAAUAAUGGCACCGAUCAUCAAGCAAAAAGCCCUGAGGAUAACAAAAGUAUAUUGGGGCAAACUAUCAACAAGAAGACCUUCCAUUUACCAUUUCCAAGAAAAUAUAGUCGAAACGUCCCACCUGAUACAAUAACCAAAGUGUUUCCCAAAAAUAAAGAAAAACCACAGACGAACAAAAAUUUAAAGGUCAACAUGGAAAGAAACCUUAACAAAGAUCCAAUAUCGAUUACAAAUCCCAAUAGAUCCAUUAAAUCGAAGGACAAAGACUGCAACAAAUAUAUUUUCAUGGCAAAAAAUAACAAAAGCAAAAGAGAUAACAUCAAACCCGAAAUAUCUAAUCAAAUACAAAAAAAACCUACAAUUUUUGAUGAAAAUAAUAUCUCUACAGCCAAUCCAGUAAUCGAUGACUUAACAUGUGAUAAAGAAUUGAUCGUCGUUAAAAAACCCGAGUCAAUGAGUAUAGACAUAAAUACAGGAAUCUCAUUACUAUCCAGACCUAUAAUACCCUUACAUGAAAUUUCAACUCUGCCACGGUUAGAUGAAAAUGUAACAAAUACGCAAGAAACUUUUAAGAAAAAUAACUGUUAUAAUGCAGAAAACAUCAAAGUACAAAAUGUGGCCAUAUGUAAUGUACAAUCCACUACUCAUUAUAAUGUACAAAACGAAAAAGAAAUUAGCAAAAAUACUUAUACAAAUACUUUAGAAUAUCAAUAUCGCACUGACAACCUCAAUAUAAAUAACGAUAGUCAACCUAUCGAAAAUUUUAUUACUGUUGUUGAUGGAGGAGAUGUAAUCAAUUUAAAUUUGAAAUUAAAAUUGAAAAAAUGUGAUGGAACCGUCAAAGUAAAUAUUGAUAAUAAAUUACACUCUAUAACAGAAAAAAAGUGCAACUCGGAUGUAAUAAAAGAAAUUACAGAAGACGAAAAAACCUCGAAACUCGUGGUUUUGCGAUGUUCUUGUUGUUGUAAUGAUGAUUUCGAUGUACUUUUGCAGAAUUGUGAUUUAUCAUCAGACCCCACUGAGAAAAUCUAUUUCGUACUUGUACCCUACAUUGAUUGUAAAAACCAAAUGAUAAGAUGCAAUUGUGAGCAAAAAGGUACGACACCAUCAAAAAUAGAAAUUGACGAAACAAGGUUAAGCAUCGCUAACCCAGUAACCAAAGUAAACGCUGAUACUUCAUUAAUAAAAAGGUCGGAUAAAUAUGAUAUGGAGAAUGAAACGCAAAUUGAUAUAAAAAUCAGCGAUGUGAAUAUUCCUCGAACACAAUCACUAUUACCAAAUAAUCUUAAAGAAAGUUUAAACAAUAAUUCAGAGAGAGGUAACUAUUUUUCGGCUAAAGAUGAACAUUUAAUAAAUACAAAUCUUAAUUCUGUACAAGUCAAUACUACUGAACCAAAUGAGGAUCUCGAAUCUUUAAUCUUAAGAAUAAAUGAUUCUAAUAUGACCAAACAAUUCAUGGACAAUACUACGCAAACAGAAUGGUCUUCGCUUUUGCUAGAAGCAAAACGUCAUGAGGAUGGUAAUUAUUCUUUUCACUUGCCUCCAUUGUCCGUACUAAAAUAUUACUUUUGAUGAUAAAUUAAAUGCUUUUAUAGU